UCCUACUUAUGAGCUGUCAGCCAGCCCGGUUAGUUGAUCAAAUCAGUAUCAGACGCCAUAUUUUAUAGGUACGCGAAUGAGACGUUGAAGCGUUAUCUAAGAAUUCACAAAAAUAACGCGAAGUUCCUCUCAAUUUGUGCAUAAAACAAGUCAAAAUGUCUGGUGGAAGCAGCAGCAACCGAAAUGAGUGCAGAAUAUAUGUCGGCAAUCUCCCUCCCGACAUAAGGACAAAGGACAUUCAAGAUCUAUUUUACAAAUUCGGCAAAGUUACAUUUGUGGAUUUGAAGAACAGAAAAGGACCACCAUUCGCAUUUGUAGAAUUUGAAGAUCCCAGAGAUGCAGAUGAUGCAGUCCGUGCUCGUGACGGUUAUGAUUAUGAUGGAUACCGCCUACGCGUAGAGUUCCCACGCGGUGGAGGCGGUGGCGGUGGCCGGGGAGGACGUGGUGGCCCUGAGCGCUUCGGAGCACGCACGGCAACGAGAGGGCCGCCUGCUCGUCGCUCUGAACAUCGCGUACUUGUCACCGGACUUCCUCCAUCAGGAUCCUGGCAGGAUCUGAAGGACCACAUGAGAGAAGCUGGUGAUGUCUGUUUCGCUGACACCUUUAAAGAUGGCACCGGUGUGGUCGAGUUCUUGCGUCAUGAAGACAUGAAGUAUGCUGUCAAGAAGCUGGAUGAUUCUAGAUUCAGGAGUCACGAGGGCGAGGUAUCGUAUAUCCGCGUCAAGGAGGACUACGGUGGUGGCGGCGGCGGUGGCGCUGACCGUUACAGUGGGGACCGAGAUAGGUCCCGGUCGUACUCCCCGCGGCGGCGCGGGUCCCCGACGUACUCGCCGGUGCGGCGCAGCUACUCGCGCUCCCGCAGCCGCAGCCGCAGCCACAACUACUGAGACAGUAAUGGAAGGAUUCACUGGAUAUAGCAGUUGUCAGCUUGUUGAAAAUAACACUGGACUACUCAGGACUUUUGCAAAUAAUUGAAAAUAUCUCUGGACUUGAGGAUUUGGAUUGUAACUUAAGGAUUUGGAUUUCAUGUGGAUUCAUCAGGUUUGCGGGACAGACAUACUUGGCAAUGGUAUCAUUGAGACUUAGCUUUAUCAAUAUUCAAUACUCUUUGGUUUGUUUUGCCUUGCGUAACUCGUUUAUUUUGUGCUUCAUAUCAAUAUUUUAUAUCUUAGGCCAAAAGACUGAUUUUUUUAUAGAUUAAUAUUUUUUAUUUCGUUUAUCUUACAAUCAUAUUAUAAGUACAGUUAUAUACAUAUUUAUAUCUUGUACUAAUUUUUUCUCAAUUCCAAUCAUUAUUUUUGAGUUAGUCUGGAUUUAAUGAACUCUUUGAAUUUGAUGAGGAAGUGAGUGAAUCUCAGCCCUUACUCAUCGUUAUCAGUGAGCACUGAUUAGUAACCACAUGGAACCUACCGACGCGUCGCCCGCUUGCCAGUACUGGGAGCGAUACUAGUGGCACCUGCAUGUGAGAGUGGUUCCAUGUGGUUAGUAGUGGUGCCGUCCCACGGCAUGUGAACUGAAGGUCUAUAUUUCGACAGCGGACGGAGCGACGGCGCCGGCGGCAGCGGACAGCCUCACGUAGACAUAAGACAUACAUGUACCGUACACUGCGGGACGACAUCGCUGCCACACGUACUUUACAUACAAUGACCCUUUACGUGACACGGGGUACAUAGAAACGAUCCUCGAACUGAUUUUAACAUUAAAUUACUUAUACCUAUAAGAUCUCUAGAUGAUUUAGCAAACUUAACUUGAUGAACUAUUUGUUGACAGCAACUAAUUCAUUGUUAAAAUCGGAUGAGGUUGUUUCUACAUAUGUCGUUUCACUAAAUGUAACUAUGUAAUAAGGUACUCGGAUGUUGUUGAAGUAGUGUAUAAAAUUGGAAGUAAAUAUAAUAUUGGGAUUGAAGGUGCGCGAGCCGUGUCGUCCGGCGCACGUCCGGGCCGCCGCCUGCGUCCCUCGACUCACGUGUCGGGGGGCGCAGGCCGCGACGCGGACGACUCUCGAUUACAUUUACAAGUUGACUGUUUAUAAUUAAAAGCAUUUUCUUUUGUUUCAUCCUCUAAUGGAAAUCAUUGGAUGUGCUUGGCUGGAGGUGUGAGUCAGGAUGCCGUAGAGGCCUCGCGUGUAGGAUCGGAUCGGAUCGGACCGCACCGGCGGAUCUCUGGCGGACAUUUGAAUAUUUGUCGCGUGGAUGUAUUGUCCCUUUUGGAUGUUGGAUUUGGUAUUGGAUCGUCGGCGCGGCCGGCACCUCGCACCUUCCGCGCUGGACAGGAUCAGGACCUUUGGGUAUGACAUUCAAAUUAAUUGCAAAAUAACUUAUGUUGAGUGCACGCUCGGUACAGAGUAUUAAUGUUUGUUUGGAUAUCCUUAACUCACACUUUAUUUGCUUCUCGAUGUCUGCCGUUUAUUUCCUAGACGUAGGACUUCGGUUCAAUGACGAUUAUGAGAGAUAUUUUCUAUUAGCUUUGCUCAUUAGUGUGUUAGAACCUAACAACUCAGUGUCAUAUAUAAAUAAUUAGCAUGCUUUACGAGCUUUUCAUACAACCUACCUGCGUGACAGCGAUACGAGACGUGUGUUUGAAUGGAUGACCGAAAUGGAUAGUUUUAAAAUUGACAUGUAAUUGAUACAGAUUGUAAUUGUGAGAUGUGAUGUUAGGAACACAAAGUUAAAUCACAAAUGUAUUGUAAAGUGUGCGUCGCGGACGCUCGAUAUAUCAUAGAUAUAAUGUGUGGACAUACAUAUUGUAAUAUAGGAACUGGAUCAGCAUUCCAAAGACCAACGCACUUUGAUGGACUUAAUAAAUUCCUUACAAAAGAA